AUGCCAGACCCACAGGUCUCCGUGACGUUUACCCCGUUCUGGGAUGACUCCCAUCCCUGUCGUACCCUCAACCUAUUCGACGAUGACGAGCCGGUUCUUAUCGGACGUGCUUCGAAACGUGAAGCCAGAAAGCGUGCCCCCGCCGACGAUAACGGAUGGUUUGACUCCCGAGUGAUGUCCCGCGACCAUGCUCUGUUGAGUAUCUCGGUCGAUGUCAAGAACGUCUACAUUGUCGACUGCGGCUCGACUCACGGAACAUUCCUCAAUGACGAUAAGCUUGUGGCUCAUGUGGAGACUCCGCUGCUGAAUGGAGAUAUUCUCAGAUUUGGAGUUGAUGUUGACCGCGGUCAAGAAGUUUUUGAGGCUCUUGAAGUUCGCUGCUGUAUCAACUGGUCACCCCCGCCGGUCAUGGUUGAGAAUUCCGACGCCAUAACAAUCAAACCACAAGUCACCGCUUCAACCAACACUUUCUCCGUUCCCGAAGACUACAGCGAUGUCGACGAGCCUGAGGAUGCCAUGAUUGAUAGUGACGACUCGAAGAAUUCUAUUGCUCAGAUUUGGGAUUCUGUCAACCCCCAGAACGAGCAAGUAUCUCCCGUCUCCUCAGUGAGUGAGCGUCCAAAAGAGGUGACAGAGCCAGUGAAAUUCGAUAUACCCGAGGCUUCUCCAAGCCAGGCUGAUCAAUCGACGAAAUCCAUCUCGCCAGCCGACAUAUCUGACACCGUUGAAAACAUCACGCGUGAACAGGCUGCUACCAUUGCCUACAGCAUGGAACGCACGGAAGAACCCGUGAAGUUGCAUCAAGAGAUUGCUGAACAGGAUGAAGAAGCCAUCGGGUUCCAUAAUACUAAAAUGGAGACUUUCCCUCCAUCCUGUUACCAAAAGCUCGUUGAAAGCGAAUUCAGCGAUUGGUCCAUGAUGAAACCAUUGUUUAUGCGGCUCGCUGAUAUGGCCUGGGGUGUAUCUGAUAAGAUUCCCGACGUGGAUCAUGUCAACAAAAUCAUCCACUCCGCCCGCCGCUGUUCCAUUGCCAAAUCAUCCUACAUGGUUGACGAUUCCUCCGACUUCCAGCCAUGGAAUGGAACUGAGAUGCCUUGGGAAUUCAACGCAGACGAGGAAUCUGACACGACCUAUCACCGCGUGCCUGGUCCCGCUCUCAGAUAUUGGUUUGUUGACAAGCGCAGAUUCUGGAUCCUCGACGGAGAUGAAGAAAAUGAUCUCCGGAUGAGUGAUUGGUGGUGGAUUGUUGAAAAGCCAUGGGAGCUUCUGAGCGAAGCAACCAAAGCCGAACUCCGCACCGAGGGCGAUGUUGACGAUUGUCACAAAUACUGGAUUGUGAGAGAAUGGGAACCUCAAAUGAUCGGUGGCCAAUAUUACGAAAAGGCCCCUUACUGGGACUCAAACUUCUGUGAGGACCUGCCCUCUGAUGAUGAAUCAUUGGACUCGGAUGAGGUGGGGGACGAAGGAGACUUGAAUAUCGGGACCAGGGACGGGGACGAGUCUGUCUCUGACCCUUCCGAUGGCUUCGAUGCGUCGAGUGACUCCAAGGCCUCGCAAGAGGGUGACAUAAACGAAUUUUCUUCGCCUUUGGCGACAUUUUUCGCUCAGGAACUGUACGAUGAAGACGAUGAGGAUGACUCAGAGUACGACUCCGGUGAUUCAAACGACGAGAGCUCAAGCGAAGACGAUGGAUCUGAGGACCAAGGCUCCGCAAGCGAAUAUGAUGAUGAGAACCAACUCUCCGCCGCAAAUGAAUGGGAUGAAGGGGAAAGUGAAUCCGAUUCCGAGGAUGAAGUUCAGAGCGACACUUGCCCCGAGGAGGCCUAUAUCAACCGACUGACGAGGUUCAUUGACGUCGCAUCUUUCAUGCCCAGCUUCUACCAAGGAAACAACCAUCCCGGAGCGUCACUACCAACUCCUACGUCUGCAUGCUCAGUGCGACCAGCGGCAACAACUGUCAAUGAUACCGAAGCUACCGACCAACCAUUGGGCUACCCGCCUGCUUCUUCGGACAUGCCGGACCUAUCAUGCAUGGAUGAGGAUCAGCCAGAAACGGGAACACUGAUCACAUCGGCUUCACCUGCAAUGAUUGACCCUGCCGCUCGCUUCCCUAUUUGUGCUGUCUCUGAUGAGCUUCCAACCUCCUGCCAGGGCACACUCUCCCAGGUGCAAUUGGAUCCGUUUAUGGAGCGCCCCACAUGUGGUCCCUCCAUAAACUACUCUCCUUACCCUCUGUUGGCCCCGUGGCACCCAGCUUCGAAGGAAGCGAUGUCCUACGACGAUGGACCAUUCUGCUCUCCCCAGAAGAACUUGAAGCGGAAUGCUACACAGAUGGAAUCUACCCCCAAUGAUAUGGAGUGCUUCUCUCAAGAUGCACAGUGCCCUAAUCUCUUGGCGUCAUACAGCCAGGGCACUGAUCUCAACACCAUUGCCUCUGCCGAAGUCCAAGAUGCUAUUGCCUCCGCUCUUUCGGAGAAUGAGCCGCCGGCAAAGCGGGUCAAAUCCACACACUCAGCUCCUUCCAGGAGUCUGGCUAGCCAUGCUGCUACUGCUGUCGUCGGUGCUCUUCUGGGUGGCCUGGGUACUAUUGCCAUGUUGGCUGCUCUCCCUCCUGACUACUUCCACUAA